UUGUUAAACCCUCGCUCGUUCCCCUCCAUCCAACUCCCUCAUCUCCCCGCUCCGAUGGAGCCGCCGCCGUCGCCGGCGAUACCCCGGGAGGCGUGGGAGGGCUGCAGCGUCCUACUCGACAUCAACGACGGCGACCGCCUCGCCUUCUUCCGCCUCACCCCCGCAGCGACGGUGAAGAUCGGGAACAAGACCUGCUCGCUGCAGCCGCUCGUGGGCCGCCCCUUUGGCUCCCUCUUCCGCGUCGGCGCCAAAGGACUCGUCCCCUGCGCUGCCGCCGCCGCCCCGUCUCGCGAUGAUAGCACGCGAGAUGGUGCUGAUGGCCAAGCGCAGGACGAAACUAGGGACAAUAGGUCUCUGGUUGAUAAUAACACAGCUCAAAAUUUAUCGAGCGAUGACAUAGAGGCAAUGAAGAGGGAUGGUGCAAGUGGUGAUGAGAUUGUGGAAGCUUUGAUAGCAAAUAGCUCCACAUUUGGAAAGAAGACUGUAUUUUCACAAGAGAAAUACAAGUUAAAUAAACAAAAGAAAUAUGCACCUAAAGUUCUUUUGCGACGCCCCUCUACCCGAAGCAUUUGUGAGACAUAUUUCAAGAAAAGUCCAGCUCGAAUAGGGUUUAUGCGAGUUGACACACUCUCUCUCUUGUUGUCUAUGGCAAAUAUUGGUGCAUAUUCAGAUGUGCUUGUGGUUGAUAUGGUUGGAGGUUUAGUUGUUGGAGCUGUUGCUGAGCGCUUAGGAGGUACAGGAUAUGUGUGCAGCACAUAUCUUGGCAAAGCACCCAGCUCCAUAGACAUUAUAAGAAUGUACAAUUUGAGCGGGGACAUGGCCAGCAGGAUUGUUCAGGCACCACUUAGCAACCUAUGCUUGUUGCAAAAUUCUGGUAAUACCCCUUCUGUUCUCAAUGGUAGCACUGAAGGGGAGGCAGUUGAACCGAUUGUAGUAUCUGCUGAGGAUACACAGUUAUCUCUGGCUCAGCAAGGUGACACAGCAGUAUCAGAUGAGAAGCCACAAUUAUCAACAGAACAACCAAUUGAUAUGGAGGUCUCUGAGCCUUCAUUGGAUGAACAUCCUGUUCAGGAUGUAAACUUUUCGUUAGAUUGCAAGGACAAUGAUGGUAAUUCAAUAGCUUCCAAAUCACUUAAACCCGGGAAGGCACCAUCACCAGAGAAGUUGGAAUAUUGGAAAGAACAUGGCUUUAGCAGUUUGAUUGUUGCUGCCCCGGGCCACGAGGUUGAAAGUUUGGUUGCUGAUCUGCUUCCACUAUUGUCUUAUUCAGCUCCAUUUGCUAUCUAUCAUCAGUAUCUUGAAACUCUUGCGACGUGCAUGCACAGCUUGCAAGUAUCAAAAAUGGCUAUUGGAUUGCAGAUUUCUGAACCCUGGCUUCGUGAAUACCAGGUCCUUCCAUCGCGCACUCAUCCACACAUGCAAAUGAAUGCAUUUGGUGGUUAUAUUUUGAGCGGCAUAAGAAUACAUAAUACAGAUUGUGUAAUAGAGAAAAAGUGAGUGAUCAAUAAGGCUUCCGUCCAUUGAGGAGAAGGAAAGCACACCAUUUUGUAUUUUUUGCGCUAGCUCAAAAGGUGGGCAAUUUUGUAGCCCAGAGAGCAGUCAACUUGCAUGUCGAAACCAAUAUGUGUUGUCAGAUAGAAGUAUGCGAAUCCUACAAGUUCAUGCAAUUAACAGUAGUUGGAGA